CCGCAAUGUUUACAAACAACGGCAUACCGCUGUGAGAGAAAAAGGAUGAUCCUGUUCACCAGGUUGUCUCCGCUUGAGAUAACCCUGUUGGAGGAGGCCUGUGGGAUGACCUAGGAAGUCGUGGCUCAGGCAGAUCGAUCAAACCUGUCGCGAGGAGCUUGAGAUGGGCCGAGUCCCUACCGGGCGGCUUACCGUGAGAGAUCCUUGACUGUUUUUUGCGGUGUGUACCAGGAAGCCUAAGAUGGCCUGGGCAAGAGUAGGACGGUACCAGUGGCUCAGUGGAGCUUCCCUAAUGCUGCUGCUUGCAGACCUCGUACUGAAUGCCAUCUUUCUUGUCUUUACACACAGCACUCUGUUAACAUUGUUGAUUUACAUAAUCCAGGAUGUGUGCCUUGUGUUUUCACUAAUUCUGCUCUUCCUGGCCCUGUUUUCAACAACGCUCUCUCAGGCUGGCCUUAUUGGAGAACUCUUUCAAAAGUUUCGCUGGUGUAUUAUAGCAGCUGUACUGUAUCUUGGCCUUUCUUUGGGUUUCCACUCAUGGUCUCUCAAGCAGCAAUGGGAGGAACCUGGGAAAUACAUCUGGGCUCAUGGAAUGGUUGCUCUCUUCACACUUCAGCGAGUCGCUGGUGGAAUCCAUUAUUACCUCUACAAGAGAACAAUCUUACAGCUAUCUGAUAAGAACUUUUAUGCUCAGUUACCAGUUGGUGACAGUAAAUAAAUAUAAUUUGAAUCUCUUCUUUCUCAAAGAAGGAAUAUUUAUAUAUUUUUUUCCGGAUUACAAAAUAUUGUGUUAAUGUGCACAUACAUGAUACAUGAUAGGUAGCUAGAUAGAUAUAUAGAUAUAUUAUACCAUAUACAGAGGCAAAUCAUAAUGUUUAAUAUAUAUUGGUAAUGUUAAAUAUCCACCAGUAUAGAUAAUAUUAGCAUACUAUGUAUGUAGUGCAUUUAGUACAUAUGGGUACAUAUGUAUGAGGCAGCUGAGGAAGCAUGGAUCUCUACUAGUAAAGCUCUGUUGGAAAUAGUCCGUCCACACUAAUGUUUAUUAAAUAAUAGUUUCUUAAUACAAUAUGAUAAAAUGUAUGCAGAGAAAUAAAAUGUGUUAGCACUGUCUACAAAAAUAUAUACAUGUUCAAUAAAAUAUAUCUUGUCUAAGAAAUGCACUUUUCCUCUCCCUUUUUACUUUUUUUCUCCUGCAUUUCAAUUGUCUUUGAUUAUGACUUGAUUCGUCCAAUACAACAGACAACAACUAUUAUACUGGGGAUCCAUAAACCAUGCCAAGUUUUUUAUAUUCAUAGUUGGCAUUGCACAUCGUUAACCCCUUGGAUCGUUGGACCCUCUGUCAUGAAAAAUUUUGGCUUGUGGGUAGGGUGACAUGAACAUGCCGUCAUAGAAAAAUUUAGCUAAUGGCUGGGAUGACAGGAACAUGCUGUCCUAAGAAUUUUGUCUGAAGGGAAGUUUAAUAGUUAAUGUUUGAAACAAACAAAUAUGAUAGAUAUCAAAGGACAUAUAGCACUAUGGUAAAUUAUUGUUGCAAAAAGGGUAAAUAUGAGGAUAAAAUGUGUUAGAUGUCAAAGGUUAUAGUGUUAUAUUAUAGUAUGAUUGGGGAAAGGGAAAGAUGGGGUGCAAAUGAAGUAUAUUGGAGAUGAGUAAAAGAAAGGGUUUGAGACAUAGGACAAUUGGAUGAAAUGGGUAAGCUACAUUGUUCGAGGAAAAUUGGUAAAAAAGUUAUUAUGAAACAACGGGUAAUAUUGUUAGAGAAGUAUAAGAAGAAUCCAAUGACUGAGAUAAGGGGACUGGGGAGGGUGGUGAAGUAUCAGGAAGAAUAUGGGGAGUGGAGGGAUCCGGAGGAGGAAACUGUUGCAACAGAAGGGAUUCAUGUGAGUAUCCAGGUGAGUGAGGUAAGGAUAAUGGGGAAAGAAGAAGGAAUGGUGCACAUGGAAAAGGAGAGGAAGGGGUGUGUUGGGGAAGGGGAACUUGAGGGGGAGGAGAAUGGAUAUCUGCAAAUAAUUUGAGUAGAGGGAAUAGGAACAGGGAUUGGAGGGUGGAUGAGGGAGCAGAAUAUUCUCUUGGAUCAUGUCUAUGAAUUUGAAUUCACAAGUUUCAAGAGAGGAGUUAGGUGGGGAGGUCUGAAAAACAAAUGUUCCUUUGUGAGGAGAAGCAUCAUAGUUAUUUGAGGAGUAGAGGAAGAGGAGGGUGCUUGUGUUUGUGCUUGUGGUAGGCGAAGAGUGGAACAUUUAGGUUGUCAGGUGCAACAGGUAAAGUGAGGUGGGUUAGGUAUUUGAAAAUUGGUAGAGAUUGGAGUAUCUGGAUUUAGACGAAAAGGAAUUUGACUGAAGGAGAGGGGGAGUACAGGUAGGAUGAUUCAGGGUAGAUACUGAGACAUCUUGAGAUGGGAGGGGAGCAUAGCAAAGGACAGUUUUGGAAUAGACAGAGAGAGAAAAACCUCACCGUUGUGC